AUUUUAGUGUGAUUUUAUUCUAUACAUCAGAAACAAAAAAAAUUCAUGUUAUCAGUGGUUCAGAUGAUGGUCGAAUCUAUUUACAUAAUCUUCAUGUAUCUGGUGCUACACCUACAAUAUUACAAGGACAUAUGAGUACAGUUACUUCACUUGUUCUUCAUAAUAAUCAUACAUUAAUUAGUUCUGCUCGUGAUCGUGUUGUAAUCAUAUGGGAUCUUCAAACAUUAUCAUCUACUCGUACUAUUCCUGUCAUGGAGUCAGUUGAAGCUCUCAUUUCUUUACCAUCUCAUGAUUAUCUCAAACAAUUAAAACUUAAACAAACAUUCAAUUCUGAUGAUCCAUUAUUUUUUACAUUUGGUAAUUCUGGUUUAAUUAAAUUAUGGUCCGGAACAACUGGACGUUGUUUAUUAAUUCAAGAAGAUAAAACAUAUGAAAAAGUCGCGAAUAAUCAAUAUGGUAAAGAUAUUGAACAUCAACAAAUAUUUCUUAAUGCUUAUUUUAAUGAAACAACACGGAUGUUCUAUACAAAUACAGUUGAUCAUAAUAUCGUUGCAUUUAAUCUAAAGAAAUUAAAAUUAGAUAAACAAUUGAUUGGUGAAUUAGGUGAUGUUCUUGAUGUUCGAUUUUUUAAUGGAAAUGAAAAUAAUCCAUUAUAUGUUGUUGUUGCUAGUAAUGACGAAAAAGUGAAAAUAUUCAAUAUGAAUACAUGGCAUUGCCAAAUGCUUAAAGGUCAUACGGAUAUUGUUAUUGGUUUAGAUAUCAGUUAUGAUCAUAGUUUGAUUGCAACAUGUUCAAAAGAUGAUAUUAUACGAAUAUGGUCGUAUGAUACUGAUAAAUCAGUAUUUUCUUGUAUUGCUAUGGCUGAAGGACAUACAGGUGAUGUUGCUGCAAUUGCUUUUGCAAAAAAUUCCAAUGCUUUUAUUGUAUCGGGUAGUCAAGAUACAACUGCAAAAGUAUGGUCAUUAGAAAAUUUAGUAUUAGAUAAUAAUGAAAUGAAAGAACCACAAAAUCUUUCAUCUUUAUUUACAUUAAAAACUCAUGAUAAAGAAGUCAAUAGUGUAGCAGUUUCAUAUAACGAUAAACAAUUUGCAACUGGUUCAGCAGAUAAAACUGCAAAAAUUUGGGAUAUACGAAAUCAAAAAUUAUUAGCUGUAUUAUCUGGACAUAGAAGAGGAAUUUGGUGUGUUCAAUUCUCACCUGUCAAUCCAGAAUUAGCAACAGCUUCUGCUGAUGGUUUGAUUAAAAUAUGGUCAACAAAAGAAUAUAAUUGUUUACAAACAAUCGAAGGACAUGAUGCAUCAGUUCUUCGAAUCGUUUAUUUAUCAAUGGGUACUCAAAUAAUUAGCAGUGGUUCGGAUGGUCUAUUGAAAUUAUGGGAUCUUAAAACAAGUACUUGUGUGAAAAGUAUUGAUGCACAUGAAGGAAAAAUAUGGGGAAUGGCAGCUUCAACCGAUGAAAAUCUUCUUGUUACUUGUGCUAGUGAUUCAUCUGUUACUAUUUGGCGUGAUUCAACAGAAGAAGAUCGACAGAAUAAGCGUGAAAAAGUAGAAGAAGUUUUACUAAUGGAACAAGAAGUUUCAAAUUUAAUAAUGAAUAAAAAAUAUCAUGAAGCAUUAAAAAUCGCUCUCAACCUAAAUCAACCAUAUCGAACAUUAACAAUAAUUAAAGAAAUUCUUAAUGAAAUCGAUGGAACUGAUCAUUUAAAAAAUACGUUAUUACAAUUUUCAGAUGAUCAUUUAAAUUUAUUAUUUUCAUAUGUAAUUGAUUGGAAUACAAACACAAGACAUUCAACUGAAGCUCAAAUAAUAAUUAAAAUGUUAUUAAGUAUUGUAACACCAGAUAAAAUUUUAAAACUUCCAAAUGGACAAAAAUGUGUUGAAAAACGUCAUAUGUCACGUAUUGAACGACUUUCACAACAAGUACUUUUUCUAGAUUUUAGUUGGCAUUCAAUGAAAUAUCUUGAUCAAACCAAUCCAUUGUCUUCCGAUGAACUUCAAACGACAUGA